UUCACCAGAGUUAUACAUUUGUUAUUUCUUUCAGUCAAUCAUCACAGGCAUCACACACCACAGACACAAGAAUGAGUUCAUCACGUGUGGUGAGCGAGUGUUACUGUGGGACUCCAGCACUAAGGCACCCAAAUUUUCCUAUGACUGGAGCACAAGUGGAGAUCGCAAUGAUGCUAGUGUAGUAUCAGUCAAAUUCAACCCUGUUGAGACUGACCUGUUUGCUUCCAGCGACCAUGCAAAUAACAUCGUCCUUUAUGACACUCGAGCUAAAGAAGUAAAGAAGUUAAAGAUGACGAUGCGUGUCAAUGCCUUGGCUUGGAAUCCUAUGGAGGCAUUUAUACUGACUGCUGCUAGUGAGGAUUACAACUUGUACUCAUUUGAUAUUAGAAACAUGAAUAAAGACAACAGAGUCAUCAACAUUCAUGAAGGUCACACAUCCGCCGUCAUUGAUCUUGACUAUGCUCCAACUGGUCGAGAGUUCUGCUCGGGAAGUUACGACAGAUCUCUCAGAAUUUUUAGAACAGAUCAAGUAAGUAACUAUUAAGACACUGUUGUUUCA